CCGGCGUGGGUGGAGUCUAGUGUUGUGUCUUCUGCUUGGUCCUUUUCGAUUGCCGUAGUUUCUGUUGCUAGCGUUUUGAAAACAAGGCACUGUGACACAUUCAGUGUAGUUUGUAGGGAUCUUAGCUGUAUUUUUACUUGUCAGCAAGUUGUAACGAUGUAUUUGCAAGAUGUCCUGAGGAGGUAAAGGAUAAAUGUGAAAUGGCAGGGCAGUAGCAUGAGGCAAGUGGCUGCAGGACUCCAGGCUGUGGUCUCUGACUAACACAGACGUCUGCAGUCCUCAGACCAGACCAGCUCAGGUGUGUGCAUGACCGCCCCGCGAAACAGGUGAGGGGGCGGUUUCACAUGCAGACGGAGAAGAGGCCUCUGGUGUUUACCGUCGAAACCAAGGCACGGCGUAGCGACGGCAGUCGUAAGAGUCCGCAACCGGAGCACAGCGGCUUGGAGACUAUGGGAGCCGUGAUGGGGCCCGUGUUGCUAUGGUUGCAGGACGUUGCCGCGGUGACACUGCUGAGGGCAAGGCGUACGCUGCUGCAGGUGGCGGUGGUGCUGUGUACCCUGCUUCUGCUUCUCUGGGUAUCCAUCUUCCUUUAUGGCAGCUUCUACUACUCAUACAUGCCCUCCGUCAGCUAUGCCACACCUGUGCAUCUGUACUACAGGACAGACUGUGAGUCCUCUGAGUCAGCGCUCUGCUCCUUCCCCAUGGCUAACAUCUCUCUGCUGAAGAAUGGCAAAGACCAGGUGAUGAUUCCUGGUCAGCCGUAUCAAGUGUCUCUGGACCUGGAGAUGCCCGAGUCUCCUGUGAAUGAGCAGCUUGGCAUGUUCAUGGUCAAGAUGUUCUGCUACAGCAAAGACGGACACACCACCGCUUCUGUCGCUCGCUCUGCCAUGCUGCACUACCGUUCGAGCCUGCUGCACACUCUGAGCACGCUGGCCUUCUCCCCUCUGCUGCUGGCCGGAGUCUCCGAGCAGAAACAGAACCUGGAGGUCGAGCUCUAUGCAGACUACAAGGACAACUCGUACCAGCCUGCUGUGGGUGCAGUGAUUGAGAUCCAGUCCCGCAAGGUGCAGGUGUACUCUGCCCAGCUCAGGAUCCAUGCCUACUUCACUGGCAUCAGGUACCUGCUGUAUAACUUCCCUCUGACCGCCGCUGUGGUGGGCGUGGGCAGCAACUUCUUGUUCCUCAGCGUGGCCGUGCUCUUUGGCUACCUGCAGAUCAUCUGGGGGGGGCUGUGGCCCCCGGAGCAGGUCAGGGUCCGGGUGAUGAUGGGGGAUGCCACUCGUUUGCAGCAGAGGAGAGAAGAGGCUCGCAAACGCAUGUCAGCAACCAGCCAGCAGAUUAAGAAGCCUGACACUGAAAGGGAGCCCUCUACAGGCACAACACAAGAACUGCAGCCUACAGGCAGUGCACUGAAAAAGGGUGAACUAGAAACCGCUGUGAUUGGCUCUUUAAAUCAACCUGAUGUGCUACAGGACAACAGUACAGUUGUGCAGGCCCCAUCAGACUGGUCGGAAGCAGUGUUGCUGGAUGCUCCCAGGGUGAUGGAGACGGAGGUGAACGAGGUGGAGCCGGACCCCUCUACGGAUGCCACUGAGACCCCUCCAUCACUACACACACAACACACACUCAGCAGCGACUGCAGCCUGAGGCAGAGACGCUGACACACACACACACACACACACACACACACACACAUCUAUGCACAGACUUGUAGACAGGCAUGUAGGGCACAGUUACAUGGAUAAGCAGUUACAUACUUAUACAUAAUGUAACACGCACACACACACACGCAUUCCUAACGUAUCCACACAGACCAAGAUGUCUCAGUUUUACAGCACUUAAAACGAAUGUAGCUCUGUUUGUUACACACACACACACACACACACACACACACACACACACACACACACACACAAGCAUUCAUAUAUUUACCUGCUCACAUUCCUUGUAUUACUAUUGUCUAUAUUGUACCUUUCUGUUCCAUUGUCAUGUGUCAAUACCAAGCGUACCUCACUCUUAAACCCUCAGCCCGUGGGGUAUUAUGUUGUUCCUCACUCUGAAACCCUCAGCCCAUGGGGUAUUAUGUUGUCUGUGGUCGAGGGCUCAGCCCUCUUCAUGCCCUGUACUACCCAUGUGCAGGAUCUUACACUGGAGGCUAGUCUGUGUUGGUUUGAUGUUUGUCUUACAUCUCCAGGAUGGUGUUAGUCCACAGAUGCUCAGUAAUAGGGAAGCUUAAGAAAGACACACGCACAAACACACACACACACACACACAACAUUUUAUAGAUGCACAAAGCGCACACACACACCAUUUUAUGGAUGCACAAAGCACACACACACACUGACCGUAAAUUCACCAAUUGGACUGAAGUGAUAGGAGUUCUUCCAGCUUGUUGUGCGUUAUGCUUCCUUACCUUCCUUAAGUGAGUACUGGUCCAUAGCUCUGUGCGGACAUCACUCUGCUUCUAUGAUUGGUCAAAGACCCAGAUGCAUCAUAGGUCAUCAGCAUCCGCUCUGCAGCAGUCCUGUGGCACAAUGGGAAUGUUCUAGUAUAUUGUGUGUUGACAUAAAAAAAACUAUGAGUUUCUGAGAAGGCGAAUGAACGAAAUUAGUUGAAGAUUGCUGGAACUGAAAUGGUGGCACUCUGUUGCUCUUAAUGUUAUUUUGAAGUGAAGAUUUCUCCCAGUCAAAUAUUUCCAAUUUCUUUUUUUCUGACCUCAUAUAUGCGCAGUCCAGACAAGUGGUUGAGUGGUGUUUGCCGUUGCCACCUCACCUCACCUUUCUUUGGGCUGUAGUGGAAUCAGUUGUACAUUACUCUAACAGGUUACCCAAUAUCUAAGUAUGUAUGUUAUUUAAGCCUUAAUAAAAGCUAUUGCAAGGUGUAUCUGAAAAAGUAAACUGACAUCACUUUGCUUCUAUGAUUGGUCAAAGACCCAGGUGCAUCAUGGGUCAUCAACAUCGCUUUGUAGCUGACCUUUGGCACAAUGGGAAUGUUAUAGUAUCAAGUGUCAUUUUAGAUCUACUGCUUUAGCUUUGAUUUCAAUUAUUUUAUUUUAAACAGCCCAACGUUCCGAAACAUUGUUUAACGAAGGUUGAAAUGGCCAUAUCCAGAGAUUUUACUGUAAGAGUUGUAUUUGUUUUUAGCAAAGUAGGUGCUAUGUUAUUUAAACAGGAAACGUGUGUGUUGACAUAACAAAACUACGAGUUUCUGAGAAAGUGAAUGAAGGAAAUUAGUUGAAGAUCGCUGGAACUGGAAUGGCAGUUGCUCCUAAUUUUGAAGUCCUUUGAAGUGAAGAUUUCUCCCAGUGAAAGAUUUCCAUUUUUUUUUCUGACAUAAUAUAUGCGGAGUCCAGACAACCGUGUUAAGUGGUGUUUGCCGUUGCCACCUUACCUUUAUUUGGGCUGUAGUGGAAUCAUAUGUACAUUCCUCUAACAGGUGACCCAAUAUCUAACUAUUAAUGUGAUAUUUAAGCCUUAAUAAAAGCUGUUGCAAUAUGUACCUGAAAA